CAUUUUUGGUCGUUAGACGGGACGAUUUUGAAACGCUUGUUUACAUUAAUUUCGUUAUUUCGUGUUGAUAAAUAAUAUAAACCGUGCGAGUUGGUGUAAUAAAUUCCACGUUAGUCGCAGUGCACGUGAUAUCUGGUAUUGAUUUCAGUGAUUGAUAAUGGCGCCAACACGGUUUGCGUCUAAGCCGAUUGGCGUUAAUGAGAACCUGAAUGGUAUUUUGAGUCAUGGGAUUACGACGAGGAGUAAGCAACUAGCUUCUCUGAAAACACACAAGGACGGCCUAAAGGUGCCGCACAAGAGGAAAGCCGAUAGUCCGUUGAAGGAUGUCACAGCGAAGCGGGCGGCGUUUGGGGACAUCACAAAUGCCUUCAACAAGACCACCGCCGUCCCCGACAACGACAAGGCCAUGGCAGUCAAGAAGGUCACAGUGGAAACCAAAAUGCUCCCAACAGUAAAGAGCAUCAAACCACAGACCACAACUCUAAAUGGCAAAACAUCAAGAACAAAGACAUUGCACCGGGUGGCCACCAAUGCCAUAGAAACUGUCCAAAAGCACUUUGCAAAGGAUCCACCCAAACCAAUAUCAACUAGAGCUCAAAAUGGCAUACUCAAGAAUAUUGAACGAAAGUCUUUUGCUAAAGAAAAUCAAAAUCAAAGCCAGACAUCUGCUAAUUCUUCAAAAUCUGGAAGAAGUGAUGUUUCUGGAGAACCUUCACUGUAUAUGACUGCUUUGGAGAACAUUAGCCCAAAUGACGCGACAAAAGAAGAUUACAAGAAAAUAAGUGAGAAGUUGGACAAAGUGAACCUUGAUGACUCUGCAAACAGAUCCCUUGACAAAGAAACUGAGGUGCCACACCAGUGCCCUGCGGGAGUCGUCGACUUUGACAAGGAACACUGGACAGAUCCACUUCAAGUUUCCAAUUAUGCUAUGGACAUUUUCAACUAUUUAAAGGGUAGAGAACGACUAUUCGCGAUUGACGACUAUCUCCAACGUAUGAAUAAUAUCACAUCUUGGAUGAGAGCACUUCUAGUAGACUGGAUGGUGGAGGUCCAGGAGAGUUUUGAACUGAAUCAUGAAACCCUCUACCUAGCUGUGAAGUUAGUGGAUCUGUUCCUGACAAGGUCAUCAAAGACACAACCUGAGGAUCAGUAUUUGACGAAAGAGGAAUUGCAGCUGCUUGGAGCUUCGGCGCUUUUUAUUUCUGCUAAGUUUGACGAGCGGAUUCCUCCACUGGCCGACGACUUUCUGUACAUCUGCGACGGCGCGUACUCGCUCAGCCAACUGCUCAAGAUGGAGAUAACCAUCUUACGUGUCAUUGACUUCGAUCUCGGUAUUCCACUAUCCUACCGCUUUCUAAGGCGGUAUGCCAGAUGCGCACGAGUCUCCAUGCCAACAUUAACUCUAGCACGGUUCGUGCUAGAACAAGGUCUCCUAGAAUAUGGUCUCCUAGGCUAUUCUGACAGCAAGAUGGCCGCCGCCGCUCUAUACCUCGCGCUUAGAAUGAAGUCACUUGGAGGAUGGACUUCAACACUGCAGUAUUACACAGGUUACGCGCUGAAGGAUUUCCUACCUAUCGCUCUAGCGCAAAACGCAGCGUUGCACAAGAAGCCAAAAUCAGCUAUCAGCACUGUGAGGAACAAAUAUUCGCAUACGAUAUUCUUCGAAGUGGCCAAAGUACCUCUGAUUGAGGACUCGGCUCUCUCCAGCUGAGGUUCGUCUACGUUUGGAAGCGUUGCAUCAUCACGUCUUCACUAAAUGGCAUAUAAUGUAAGAAAUACAAAUUGUCAUUCCAUAUAUUAUAAUGUCAUUUACUAGGGCACUAUGCUAUGUAGCUUAAUUCUGUGUUUCUGAUAUGUGCACCGAUUUUUUUGGCCGGUCACUGUUAAAAAAGACUCGCAGCAAUGGAAAUUGUUUGAUAAACUUUUGUGGUCAUUGCAUAAGGUGUCACAAAAAUCACGGCUUUGUAAAUUUUGCAAAAUCAUCAACCUUUCUUUUGAUUCGUAGCCCGUAUUAAUAAACAGCUUAGAAGUUUAUUAACUUUAUAGUAAAUUUAAUUAUCUUGAUUUAAUCAGAACAAAAUAUCUUGGAUAAUAUCAUCGCAAGUAGCUAAGACUGCUCUUGUUUUGAGUUGUGAGUAAUGUUCACUUAUGCUCGUAAGCCGUAAUUUUGUAAUGAUGCGUAAUCAAAUCACCUGUUAAUUAAAAUGUUUGAUGAAUUUAUUAAUAUGGGUCGCAGUCAGUUUUUCGUAAAUGUAGCAUUUUACGAAUGUUAAUAGAUCUAGCUGACAGACCAAAAUUUUAAGUUGGAAAUUUUGGUCUGGCUUAAUUCAGGUUAAACGAUUGUAUCGCAUCAAGAUCGAGAUGCAUAAAACAUUAGUUAAGAAAUAAAUACCGUAGUAUAUGAAUAUGGUAAUACAAAUUCGACAUUAAUGAUAGUGUAAAGAAUAAAUUAAGAUUACGUUUUUUACGAAAGAAACGUAAAUCUUGAGUGCAAGGAGCCACAGUUGGCUUGCGCUAAGUACGAUAGACUGGUGUCGAAAGUCGUGGAAUUCGAUUGUAAGUAUAGAUAAAUACUUGGACAAACUUAGUUGGUGCUUUUGAUUUAAAUUGUCUUAUAGAUUCAGGCGUUACUUCGCUGAAAACCGUGUUAAAUAAAUUGGAAGUAAAUUAAUUUGCUACUCCACUUACCCAGUCACGGUUAAGUCGUGCAAAAUAACUGCGCCCGUGUUGAAUAUUUUUUCAUGCAAUUGCUUUCGCUAUGCUUCAAUACAGCGCCUGUAUAGAAAGCAGGAAGUACUUCAAUAUCUGAGGUGUACCAAAUCUGUUCGUUGAUAUUUUUGUGUACCGGGAUUGGUAUAUCAUUCAUUCUUCGAUAUCUUAAUGUGCUAUGAUCACGAAUAUGUUUCGUGGAUAUUUUUGUAUACCGAGAUGGGUAUAUAAUUUCUUCUAUAUCUUGUAUUUAUGAGGUUAGCAAAAUUCGAAUACCAGAGUUGUCUACAAACGUGACCUAACCCUGCUUCAUUAAAGUAAGUGUAUAAAGUGGAUAAUUAAUUUUAAAGUAUUUAGUUGACCUUACGUUUGUAUUAUUAAUUCCAAGGCUUUCGACCUUUGAUUAUAAGUUCGU